UCAAAAGCAUCAAUUCUUCGGUGCUCAGCUUUAUUUAUAGUCCAACUCUCAUAUCCAUACAUGACUACUGGAAAAACCAUUUUCCUUAUUUAUACUAACAAUCUUUAAAUGUUAUAUACUGUUGUACUGAGUGGAUAGCCCAUAAUUUACCAAAGCAUCUAUUUUUUUUUAAAUAUAUAUAAUUUUAUUACAAAAUUAAAAAAAAAAACAAAAACGCAACAUUCUCAUUCUAGAAAACCCAAAAGUUGCUAUUGAUGCUAAGCAUCUAUUACUGUACACUUAGGCUUUUCCUUUGUUUACUACAAAAGCCUCUGUGGUUAAUAAAACUUUUUACCAAAUAAAUUGUUGGGAUUAGAAUUGCUUGGUCAAAGAAUGAAAAAUUUAAAUUGGAUCUAGGUUGCCUUCUAAAAAUCAUCUUUAAACCCUCUAGAAUUAAACUUCCCAUGCCUACAUAAAAAUAACAUUUAAAAGCAUUGUUUUUUUUUCAUUUGUGAACUAUGCCAAGUAUGAUAAUUGUAUUAUCUCAUAAUUUUACAUUCUCAAAUGCCCCAGUGUCACCAUUUCCUUUUUAAAAAACGUAGUUCACACAUUUCCACCUCAUCCCCUAACCCACUAGAUGUCGCUAUGUGUCCAUCCCACGCGAAUCUUAGCUUUUUUUUUUUUUUUUUUUUUUAAUCGAGAUGUACCUUUAGCUAUUCCCCCUGGUUUAGCCGGUGGCAAAGAGGCGGACACAACUGAGCAACUGAACUAGAGGUAAACAAUCUGCUUAAAAUGCAGAUGCCCAAAGUUCGAUCCCUGGGUCCGGACGGUCCCCCGCAGAAAGGCAUGGGAAGCCACUCCUGUGUUCUUGCUUGGAGAAUCCCAUGGACAAAAGAACCUGGCGGGCUACAGCCCAUGGGAUCUUAAAGAGUCGGACAUGACUGAAGUGACUUUGCAUGCACACCUCUACAAAGGUGUUAAUUCUUCUAAACUACAUAAGCCUUUACCCACCCCACAUUUAACUGCUCUCUCCACAAACCUAAGAUUAUAAGUGACCACUACUUUUGUCAACUCAGUGGCCGCUGCCUCUCCAGAGAGGUCUCGACUUCUAUCUUUAAUCUUCCCAAGUCACCGGGCGCCUGAGCCCUUUCCGUCUACGGACACCUGCCUUCUAAGAUGGCCGCGCCCGUCGGGCUCCAGCUUUAAAGUUUUCUUUUUUCCUCAGCCGGCUGAACUCGCCACGUUAGCCUUGGGACGACAUUGACCUCUGAAAUCUUAACUCAGUUAGUACAGAAUGGUUGGUUAUUCCUUGCAACCAGGAGGUAAAAGCAUUUAGGGUGCCAGGAAUGAUUUCAAUUUCUUCCCACUGCCUGUCUCGUCAAAAACGCCGAGGUGGGUGGGGCCAUGUUACGUCAUAAAGUGGAGUCUGCUGACGGAAUCCGGAAAUCCGGCAGCGCUCCAAGGUCGUCGGCUGAUAACCUGAACCAGCAGGUAGGCGUCCCCAGGGACCGGUGAAAGGCGUCGGUAGAGAAAGCGGGCUCCAGCAUUCUGUUGCUGCCAGUGGUGUCUGGACGGGUUUGGGAUCAGCCCACAGGUCCAGGCUGUUCAGGAGAAAGAGUGAUCAAGUCAAGGAAUGAGGGAAGAAAGAGGAGGUUCUUGGAGUUGGAUAUCAUCGUUCCAGGGGACAUCUUUAAGUGAAUGCCAAGAUUUCUGUCUUUAAGAAUGACACAGUAAAUGCAGAAGAGACAGAAGUCAGAAUCCAUGUUACUUACUAUUUCCUGAGCACAGAAGAUGAUCAAGGCCCAGGACUUUAUUAUUACAGGAAUUGCUGACACUGGAAGAUGUGGCUGUGGAGUUCAACUGGGAGGAGUGGCAGCUCCUGGAUUCUGCUCAGAGAGACCUAUACUGGGAUGUGAUGUUGGAGAACUAUAACAAUUUGGUGUCACUGGGAUAUCAAGGUACCAAACCAGAUAUGCUUUCCAAGUUGGAACAUGGAAGAGAACCAUGCAUAAUAGAAAAUGAAAUGCGGAAUAGAAUUUGUCCAGGAACCGGGAAAGGUGACAGUUAUUUGCCAGAGCACUCUGGAAACCAAAGAUUUCUGAAGAGCAUGCAACAGUGCAGUGAACAGAAUGCAUUUAGAAAGAGUGUUCAUCUGAGCAAAACACAUUUCACCCUAAUUCAAGAUCGUAUAUUUAACUUACAUAGAAAAGCUUUGGAAUCAAGCUUAAGUUUAAUUAACCAGAAGAGCAGCUAUGGAAUAAAGAACCCUUUGAAGUUUAAUGGAGAUGAGAAAUCCUUUCUACAUAGUGAUUGUGGACAGUUGUAUUCUGGAAUUAUAUUUCCUGAAAGUACAGAACACAUUAGCGCUCAAUUCCAGUUCCUUAAGCAUCAGAGGACUCACAAAAUAGAGAAAUCUCUAGCCUGUGUUGAAAGUGAGAAGCCAUGCAGCAGGAAAUCCCAGCUUAUUUCUCAUGAGAGUGUUCAUCCUGGAGAGAAACCCAGUGGGGGUGAUCCAUGUGAGAAAUCCUCCAAAAAUAUCACAUUAACUAAACAUCAGAAAACUCAAACACAAGUCACACCCCACUUAACCAGUGAGCCCAGAAAAAGCUGUACUGUGAAGAGCAGCUCCCCUGUACAUCACCAAACCUGCACAGGAGAGAAAGCCUAUGUAUGCAGUGAGUGUGGAAAAGGCUUUACCAUGAAGCGCUAUCUGAUUGCACAUCAGCAAACUCAUAGUGGAGAGAAACCUUACGUAUGUGGUGAAUGUGGAAAAGGCUUCUCCGGGAAGAGUAAUCUCACUGUGCAUCAGCGCACCCACACGGGGGAGAAACCCUAUGUAUGCAGUGAGUGUGGGAAAGGCUUCACCAUGAAGCGCUAUCUUGCUGUACACCAGCGAACUCAUACUGGAGAGAGGCCAUAUUUGUGCAGUGAAUGUGGGAAAGAUUUCGCUGUGAAGAGUAAUCUCACAGUACACCUGCGAUCUCACACAGGGGAGAAAUCGUACAUAUGUGGUGAAUGUGGGAAAGGCUUCACUGUGAAGAGUAAUCUUAUGGUACACCAGCGGACUCACACAGGAGAGAAAUCUUACCGGUGUAACGAAUGCGGGAAAGGCUUCACCACAAAGCUCACUCUCAUUAUACACCAACGAACUCACACAGGAGAGAAACCCUAUGAGUGCAACGAGUGUGGUAAAGCCUUCAGUCAGAAGAUAUGCCUCAUACAACAUGAGAGGUGUCACACGGGAAAGACUCCCUUUGUAUGUACUGAGUGUGGAAAAUCCUAUUCCCACAAGUAUGGUCUCAUUACCCAUCAGAGAAUUCACAUAGGAGAGAAACCCUAUGAGUGUGAUGAAUGUGGAAAAGCCUUCACCACAAAGUCAGUACUCAACGUCCAUCAAAGGACUCACACAGGAGAGAGACCAUAUGGGUGCAGUGAUUGUGAGAAAGCCUUCUCCCACUUGUCAAACCUUGUGAAACAUCAGAAAAUGCACAUCAGAGAAAUGGGUAGAUCCAGUCAAGUUGGAAAUGCCUUUAACAGAGAGUCCCAGAUCAUUAUUUAUGAGUGAACCAAAGCCCCAUUAAUGCAAUGAUUGGGGAAAUGCCUUCUGUGACAGCUAAGACUUUAAACAUCAGUGCUUCUAGCAGAGCAGAACGUAGUCAUGGGAUGACCUGUUGUUAUCAGAUGGGGGGCCAUGAGGAGAUGAAAGGGUUUGCCCAAGAGAUAAACCCAGUGAAUAGCGUGAGUGCAAUAGUGCCUUAAUGAUCCUACCUCGCAUUUUCUGUUGGUGAAAACAUGUUGGAAAAGCCCUUGAUACGUUCAGGGUGGAGAUGCCUUGGGAAAAACUUUCUGGCUUCAUUAUGUCUGAAAAGUAUAUGUUCCGUACACACUUGGACAAAUUUUGUGAAUGCAGAGACUAGAAAAGUCAUCAGUGGGAAGAUAGACUUUAUUAUCAGGGAUUGUUGUUGAUCAUCAGUGAACUCAUUGUAGAAAUAUGAUUUAGAAAAGAAAAAAGAAAUACGAUGACCAUGGGAAUGUCUUUACCCAGAAAGAAGACCUCAGUGAGUAUCAGAGGUCACACUGGAGAAAUGUUUUUAAGAAGACAGUAUAUAUGGCAAGAUUUCAGUGAAGCAUUCUGCUUCAUCAUUUGUCAGGGAAUCCUAUAGAAAUUAAAACUUUUAGGAACAUGCUAAAGGUAGAGUACCUUUAGUUAAAUAUCAGUGGGCUUACAAAGGAAUGAGUUUUUAUGAAAAUAAUAAAUGUUUGAGUGCUUUUUAUUACAAAUGUAACCUCAUCAGACAUCAGAUGAUGCACCUGAGUCUUGUUUCUGGUUUCCUUGUGAAUAAUUCCAUAAUUUUGUGUGUGUGUGUGUGUGUGUGUGUGUGUUUUAAUGUGGACCAUCUCCCAACUCUAAUUGAAUUUGCUACAAUAUUACUUGGUUUUUUGCAAGGGAUGUGAGAUCUUAGCUCCCAAAUCAGGUAUCAAACCCACACCCCCUGCAUUGGAAGGCAAAGUCUUAACCACUGAACCACCAGGGAAGUUCCAGUAAUUCCAUAGUUUUAAAUAAAAGUUGUUUGCUUUUAUCAUUGUUACUGCAAGUGUUUUAAAAAGGAAAUGGAAUAGGUACACACAUUUGCAGCUUGCUUAACUAAGUUUAUAAAUAAAACCAAAUAUUUUAUAAAACCACCUUCAAAGUUGUUUUUAUAAAAUGGAUAACUUGAGAUCAUUUUUAACUUAUAAGAAAAUGCAAAAGUAGUCCAGAAAAUUCCCUUGUAUCCUUUAUAUAACUUAUCCCCAUAAAAACAUUUUACGUAACCAUUAACUCUUAACCUUUGGAAUUUAGAUUUCACUAGAUUUUUUACAUGAAUUUUUAAAUAGUUUUUUUUGGAAUUCUAAGCUGCUUUAUUACAUUUGUAGAUUUUGUGUAACUGCUAUCUCCAGAAUGUAAAACUUUAAUCAACACAGACACCCUCAAGCUACCUUUUUAUGGUCACUCCUUCUAUCCAAACCUACCUCUGGCAACUAUGUGUCAGUUUUCCAUCAAUAUAAUUUUGUCACUUAUGAAAUUAAUUUUUAUAACUGGAUUUUAAACAUGUUUAUUUAUACAAAUUUAUAGUUUUUUAUUAAAAGGAGCAUGUAAUCUGUUUUUGUCCCUCAGGAAAUUGCUCUUAAGACUUUUUUGAGUUGAAUUGCUUUAUUACUGAGUAGUAUACAUUAUUGGAUGUACCAGUUUAUUUAUCCAUUCACUCUUCAGAUAAGUUUGUAUUGUUUCCUGGCUUCAACUUUUAUAAAGAAAGGUGCUAUAAAUCUGCAUCCAGGGUUUUGGAUGGACAUAAAUUUUCAUUCCUCUGUAAUAAAUAUUCAGGUGUAUGGUUAUUGGGACAUAAAGAAAGUUGUGUUUAGCUUUAAAAGAAACUACCAAACUCACUUCCAGAGUGACUUUACCAUUUUACAUUCUCACCAGCAGUGUAUGAUAUCCACUUGUUCCACAUUCUCUCUGGCAUUUGGUAUUUUAAGUGUAUUUUAGUCAUUCUGCUAGCAACACAUGAUUCAAUUGUUCAUCCUUACCAGCACUUGGUAUUGUGAUAUGUUACAUUACCUAUUCUAUUAGGUUUGUAGUCAUAUCUGAUCUUGAGCUUGCAUUCCCCUCAUGGCUAAUGAUUUUCAAUCCUGUUACUAUUAUUGGACUUAUAACGAUGUUUGUACCAUUUGACAACCUUCACCAUUUCUGCCCUCCCACCCCUCUUUCAGCUUCUGGCACACAAUCUGUUCUUUAUUAUUUAUAAGUUUGGGUUUUGGGGAGGAGGUUUUACAAAUAAAAGAGAUCAUAGAAUA